AUGCUCCUCACACACAAUGGCAAGAUUGGCCAGCUCAUUUCUGUGCCGCUGUCUCCAGCAAGUGGGACGAUGCCUGACUUGCAAGUCGAUACGGAAUCAAGUAUGCUACCACCUGCGCAUCUCGAGCAAAAGACGGUCUUAGGAGCCAGUACGGGUGCUCGUGCAGAGAUGAGCCAGCUGAUUGCUGUGCAAAUGGCUGCAUUACUCUGUCGUCAGGCUCCUGAAGAUAAACGAUCUCUGCUUAUGGGCAUGACUCUGCCCAUGAACGACGCAUUCUGGGAAGAUCCUCAAUAUGAAGGCGAACGCUCAACAUUCUUUGUGGACGUCUUGUCGCUUCUUGCAUCACUUGCAACGUCAUGA